AUGGCGUCGCCACCGGAGCCCGGGCCGUACAUGCCCGACCUCCCGGCGGUGCCGGCGUGGCUGAACAAGGGCGACAACGCGUGGCAGCUGGUGGCGGCCACGUUCGUCGGGCUCCAGUCCAUGCCGGGGCUGGUCGUGCUCUACGGCAGCAUCGUCAAGAAGAAGUGGGCCGUCAACUCUGCCUUCAUGGCGCUGUAUGCGUACGCGUCCACGCUCAUCGUCUGGGUGCUCGUCGGCUUCCGCAUGGCGUUCGGCGAGCGCAUGCUCCCGUUCUGGGCCAAGGCUGGGCCAGCGCUGACGCAGGACUUCCUGGUGCGCCGCGCCGUCUUCCCGGCCACGGCGCACUACGGCCGCGGCGGCGUGCUGGAGACGCCGCGCACCGAGCCAUACUACGCGCAGGCGUCGCUGGUGCUGUUCGAGUUCGAGUUCGCGGCCAUCACGCUGGUGCUACUCGCCGGGUCGCUCCUCGGGCGCAUGAACAUCAGAGCGUGGAUGGCAUUCACGCCGCUGUGGCUGCUCUUCUCCUACACCGUCGGCGCGUUCAGCCUCUGGGGCGGCGGCUUCCUCUACCAGUGGGGCGUCAUCGACUACUCCGGCGGAUACGUCAUCCACCUCUCCUCCGGCAUUGCAGGCUUCACCGCCGCAUACUGGGUGGGCCCCAGACUGAAGAGCGACAGGGAGAGGUUCUCGCCGAACAAUAUCCUUCUCAUGAUUGCCGGCGGCGGGCUGCUCUGGCUCGGCUGGGCCGGCUUCAACGGUGGCGCGCCGUACGCCCCCAACAUAACCGCGUCUGUCGCCGUGCUCAACACAAACGUUAGCGCCGCGACGAGCCUCCUGACCUGGACCUGCCUCGACGUCAUCUUCUUCGGCAAGCCCUCGGUGAUCGGCGCGGUGCAGGGCAUGAUGACCGGGCUUGUCUGCAUCACGCCCGGCGCAGGGCUGGUGCACACGUGGUCGGCGAUGCUGAUGGGCGCGUUCGCGGGCAGCGUCCCGUGGUUCACGAUGAUGAUCCUGCACAAGAAAUCCUCCCUGCUCAUGAAGGUCGACGACACCCUGGCCGUGUUCCACACCCACGCCGUCGCGGGCGUGCUCGGGGGAGUGCUCACGGGCCUCCUCGCCACCCCGGAGCUCUGCGCCCUCGACUCCCCCGUCCCGGGCGAGCGUGGCGUCUUCUACGGCGGCGGCGUCGCGCAGAUGGGCAAGCAGCUCGGUGGCGCGCUCUUCGUCACCGUCUGGAACCUGGUGGUCACUAGCGCCAUCCUCCUGUGCAUCGGCCUCUUCAUCCCGCUCCGCAUGCCCGACGACCAGCUCAUGAUCGGCGACGACGCGGCGCACGGCGAGGAGGCCUACGCGCUCUGGGGAGAUGGCGAGAAGUUCGACGUGACGCGCCCGGACACGACGAGGACCGGCAGUGCCUCGGGCGGCGCCGCGAGGGAGGACACGGUGGCGCAGCGACUGACCAGCAUGGGUGCCAGAGGUGUCACCAUUCAGCUGUAG